AUGGAGUAUGAAUACAGUGCUAUUGAUGGAUUACAUCCAAAUAUCAUAGAUAGGAUACUUUUCCUCACAUAUGUUAAAGAUCGGAAGACGGGUAGCAUCCUCAAUUUCCUUUUAACAUGUAGAGAGGCGUACCACACUCAUCUUCAUGUGUUGUAUCGACUCAAGGAGGUAAGUGUUGAAUACUCCAGGUUCCAUAAAAAGAACUGCCACGUACUUGAACGUAAAGGACUUCCCGUGUGUUAUUUGAACAUUAAGAACAUUAAUGACAAAACUCCUUUGCAUAACAUAAGUCUGAUGGAUAUGCUUCACACUAUUACCUGUGGAUUGGGGUUUACAUCAAAACCAGAGGUUUUAUGGUCGAAACUCCUUUUGGCCCUUCCGGCCAACGUCACCCAUUUGAACAUUAACGUUAACGGAAACUAUCCUUUACCAGUUUCAGCAGAUAACCUAUUUAUCCACAACAGACCAUGGCUUCCCCUUUUAACAUAUUUUAGUUUUUGGUGUAAAGGUAAACCGAUUGUGCGCCAAUCCAAGAAGGGUGAACGACCACUGAUAUUUAGAUCUCGAAAAUACCAACCCAAGAGAGCUCAGUUAUUCAGCAAGUAUAUGUUUGUAUUGCUUCAAAGCAUGCAAAAUAACCUUAAGUACUUAGUUUUUGGAAAUGUUGAAUCCGAAGUAUUAGGCUUCCUGAAUGGAGGCUGGAAAACCUUGGACAAGUUCCCUCAGCUUGAAUGGAUUAUAUUAACUAGAAAUAUUGAUUUCAAGGCAAAAAGAAGGUUCAUAAGGUCUCUGGUUCUUUAUCGGUUGGUCAUUUAUGACUCCUUCAACCAUGAGAUCAUAUUAUACGAAUCAGAAGCUUACACUAGAGGUAUAUUCAACCCUUCAGCAGUUCAUAGGGCGCGACAAUUAGUUAAACAAGCUAUGCGGAUCGGGAGAACCAAGAUUCCGAUGAAAGAAAUGAAGCUUGUGUACUACUUACACAGAAAUCCAGUUUCCCUUACCAGUGAAACAGAAACAGAAGCAGAAGCAGAAGAAGAAGACGAAGAAGAAGAUGAUGAAGAUGAUUAUGAAGAGGGAAAUGAAGUAUAA